UUGGCCUCUCUCUCUCUUUCCCAAAGCAGAGCAAGCAAGCAAAAGCAAGGGAUCGCCGAAGCUGGCAGCAGCAGUUGCUCCCACCCACCUAGCCCAUGAUGGCCUACCGCCGGAAGCAGCAGGGGGCCAUCGCCGCCGCUGACGAUCGCCGGAGCACUCCCCAACCCCAGGCUCCGGCUUACAACUACACGUCGAUGGACAGCAUGCGAGAGCCCAAGCUUGGGUUGUGGGGAGCCCUGGCGAGGAAGGCCAAGGGGAUGCUCGACGAGGAUGGCGUCGCUCAUAAGUUCGAAGACUACGGGAAAGGCCAAACACCUCGCAAGUCCGACUCUUUUGGUGGAGCACAGGCUCCGCAGUCUCGCUGGUCAUUCGAGGACUAUGAAAAGACAGAAAGGAGUGAACCACGGAAGAGGUCUGAGGCACUUGCUGCUUCUGUCAACCAGCUUGGUGGAAGAAUAAAAAAUGCCUUGGAAGAAGGCCUCACUAUUGUCGACAACAAGACAUCGAACAUCAUCGAGGAAACAAAGAAGAUACAAAUUAGAAGGAAGCCUACUGGUUCCGGUGUUUAUAUGCAGAACCCUGCUGCAAAUACAUUUUCCCCUCCUAGUUUCUCACAGAAUAAAGCCGAAGCUUCAACCCAGGAGACACAAUUAAAAGCUUCUCGCGACGUUGCUAAUGCUAUGGCUGCUAAAGCAAAACUUGUACUUCGUGAACUAAAGACCGUUAAAGCAGACCUAGCUUUUGCUAAGCAGCGUUGUGCUCAGCUAGAGGAAGAGAACAAGAUGUUGCGUGAAACUAAGCAGAAAGGGGUCAAAACUGAAGAGGAUGAUGACCUGAUCCGAAUGCAGCUGGAGACAUUGCUGGCCGAGAAAUCAAGGCUGGCACAGGAGAACUCCAUGUACGCCCGCGAAAAUCGCUUCCUACGCGAAAUAGUGGACUUUCACCAAUACACGGCUCACGAUGUUGUCUCCUUUGGCGACGACGACACAAAAGACAGGAAACCAGAAGAAGAUAGCAACCACUCCUACAGCGAAAACAUGUUUCCUGUUGUUGAAGCUUAUUUAGCUCAGGAAGAAGUAUCACCUGUGCCCUCCAGGUCGGAAUCUCCAAUUCUCAGACCAAUGUCCCCAGGUUCCUGCAAUUCUGUAGGCAAUGCUCCCAAUUCGCUGGGAAACGCCUUGAAGCCAAAUGAGUCGGUACCUGACAAAGAUUGAUGCAUGCCGGCAAGUACUCUGUUGUGUUGGGACUGCAGCUGAUUUGGUUGUGACAUGUGAGCAGAAAUUUUGUCCAUUCUUUGUUAUCGGCAUUGCUUUGUAAUUUUAGUUUAGUAGGUUUCUUCUUUUGUGUUCUACAAUGGUUCGGGAUUUGCAUGUAGUGUUGGUUGUUGGUUAGUGUUCAUAUAUAGGAAAAGUUUGUACAACACGGUUCUGUUUCUGUGCAUUUAGGGCUGGUGAAAAUGAAAUUUGUUGGUGUGAAUAGGGGAAAUGAACAUCACUUUGAAGAGUGAGUAUAUUGAUAUUUGUACAUGAAGUUAAUGGAACAGGGUUUGUGUUUUGGUUCUUGGCAUUGUCCAUAUA